AUGGAGUUAGGAUCUAACAAUCUUUCUUCACUGGCUCCACAUGUGUUUGAUGGUGAAAACUAUCAAGCAUGGGCAAUCAUAAUACAAGCCUACAAGGAGGUGUUGGACUUGGUGAAGGAAUUCGAGAGAAUGCAGAUGAAGGAUUCUGAGUCCAUCAAAGAGUAUUCAAACAAGUUGAUCGGGAUUGCUAACAAGGUAAGAGCAUUAGGAACUAAUCUAUCUGACAAUAGAUUGGUUCAGAAGAUUCUGGUUUCAGUACCUGAGAGAUAUGAAGCAACCAUUGCUUCCUUAGAGAAUACUAAAGACCUCUCCAAACUCAAAGUGAUAGAAGUUGUUAGUUCUUUGCAAGCACAAAAACAGAGGAGGUUGAUGAGGCAAGAAGGAAGCAUGGAGGGGGCACUAAAAGCUAGAAUGCAGCAGGGAGAAGGUGGAAGAGAGAAGAAGUAG